GGCCACCGACUCCGGGGGGCUGGGCCGGAGAACGCACCGCCUCGGCGGCCGCCACCAGCCAGCCGCACCAGAUUUUUUCGAAGGGUCGAGAGCGCCACCUGCAGACAUGCUUGGAGUCGCGGGCUUCGCACCAACCACGCAGCCAAAUCGUGCACAGCUUGCUCCGCGGCCGCCUGAUUCGAACCCGCGACUGACGGGUUCGGACGCCGUGCAUCCCGCCAGCUGUCCUUGCUGGCUUCAUCCUCUUCGUUUUUACAAGCAUCCCAGUACACCCCCCCACCCACCGUCGUCCGGAAAUCCCAGAGACAUAUCAUUCAGGCCACACAACAGCUCCGCCGUCUCCUUGGCCAAACCCUCCGCGAACAUUUUCUUCAUCGCCGCAGCCACGCGAACCACGUCGAGCGAGU